AAGAGAUGUCUCUUAUUUUCCAGGUAUUGAGGGCCAUAAUCCCUAACUCCAAAUACUGGCAGCUCCUGAGAUCAAAGGGAAAGCAGAGUCAGGGUAAGAGGUAGAGGAGAGACAUCCCACACCAGACUCUUGACCUGAAGGUGACAUGAUGCCUAAGAAGAGCAGACGAACAGCCAGCAAAAAUAUUGGUCUCACCUGCCCCUUUGCUGGAAGCUGUGAGGUCAGUAAGGUCCAGAGGCGCCACUGCCCAGCCUGCAGGUUGCAGAAGUGCCUAAAUGUUGGCAUGAGGAAGGACAUGAUCCUGUCAGCAGAAGCCCUGGCAUUGCGGCGAGCAAAGCAGGCCCAGCAGCGGGCAGAGCAAGCACCUAUGCAGCUGAGUAAGGAACAGAAGAAGCUGAUCCAGACACUCCUGGAGGCCCACACUUGCCACAUGGGCAACAUGUUUGACCAGUUUGUACAGUUCAGACCUCCAGCUCACUUGUUCAUCCAUCACCACCAGCCCUGGCCCACUCUGGCCCCUGUGCUGCCUCUGCUCAAGCAUUUUGCAGACAUCAGCACUUUCAUGGUACAGCAAGUCAUCAAGUUCACCAAGGAUCUGCCCUUCUUCCGGUCUCUGCCCAUGGAGGACCAGAUCUCCCUUCUCAAGGGAGCAGCUGUGGAAAUCUGUCACAUUGCACUCAAUACCACUUUCUGUCUCCAAACACAAAACUUCCUCUGCGGACCCCUUCGCUACACAAUGGAAGAUGGAAUCCAAGUGGGGUUCCAGGCAGAGUUUAUGGACUUGCUCUUUCGCUUCCAUGGGACACUGCGGCGACUAAAGCUCCAGGAGCCUGAGUAUGUGCUCAUGGCUGCCAUGGCCCUCUUCUCUCCUGACCGGUCUGGGGUUACCCAGAGAGAAGAGAUCGACCAGGUGCAAGAGGAAAUGGCACUGACUCUGCAAAGCUUCAUCAAGGGCCAGCACUCAAGGCCCCACAAUCGGUUUCUGUAUGCAAAGCUGCUGGGCCUAUUGGCUGACCUCCGGAGUAUUAACAAUGCAUAUGGGUACCAAAUUCAGCACCUCCAGGGGCUAGCCGCCAUGAUGCCACUGCUCCAGGAGAUCUGCAGCUGAGACCCUGGCUCAUCUCUUUCCCCAGCCCAUCUGGGAUACACUGGAUUGGGAAGGGGAGAAUACUGAGAUCAGAAGUUGGGAUCAAUGGAAAGAGAGCUCAGUGGUUGCAAUGAAAGACUAAAGCAA